AUGGUGACGGUGCCAGGUGUACCGACGACCCUUGUGUUAACAGGAUUGUGUGUCACUCUUCUCAUCAUAGGAUCAUCUGGGACCUUCUGUAACACCAGUGUGGCUUCCCUGGACUUAGGAUGCCUCCUGCAGUGGGAUUGUCCUCAGGCCAACACUAACACCACCACCUACACCGUCCAAACUAAGACUCAGGGAGAUCCGUGGCAGGACGUGGAGGGGUGUGUGCAGGUCUCCUCCCAGCACUGUGACGUGUCCCAGUCCUUCUCUGACUUUGAACUCUACAACAUGAUCCGCCUGGGCCUCCACCAGGACUCUGGGAGCCAUGUCUGGACAGAACCACGCAAGUUUGACCCAAGUGAUUUCACCUUCAGCCGCCCCUCCGUCUCUGUGUCUCUGUCUAGAGAGAGGCUGGUAGUGGAGGUGCACUUCCCUUGUUCUACCAACAGGGGGUGCCUUCCUCUGCAGAGCUGCUGUCCACUGUCAGAACUCAUUGACCCCUGGGUCACAGUGACAGUAUAUAACCAACAGAACCACUCUGACUACAAGAGGCGUACUGGUUGGGCCCAGGAGGUGGUGUACAGAGCUGAGUUCUCAGACCUGGUCCCAGGACAGGACUACUGUGCCUUGGCUAACUUCUCCUUCGGACCCCCCACCUUCCCCCUGGCCUCCUCUCCCACCUCCCACCCACGCUGUGUCCACCAGGCUGCCCCAGGACCAGGGUUGCAGCCAGUGUUGUUUGGAAUAGGAGUGUGUGCUGUGCUCUUCUCUCCUCUCCUUGCUCUGGCUCUGUACCGGCUGAAACAAAAACCAGAUGCACCUCACAUUAACAGACUCCCCAAGACUCUAGCAUCUCUCCAGGCAUCCCUCCAGGACCCCCCGGAGUCCUCUUCAGACCCUGUUGACCUCAGUGACAUCCAUGUGGAGGUUGUGGAUGACCACCUCUCCAUCAUGUCUUCCUUCUCCGACUGUGUCUUCACCGACGCCCAGGCCCCAAGUUUGGGGGAUGGGUACAGCAGCAAACCCUUCCCUGGUGACUACAGGUCGGGCAAUGUGGACUGGGACACUGGGAGAGUGGAGCUGGGCCUGAACUCUGACAGCACCCUAUCCCUGCCAUGCUCCACUGUGCCUACAGGGCUACAUAUGACCCAGUGCAACUUCGAUUCACCACUACGACCACAUCCAGGGCCCACGGUGCCAACACUACCCUACCCUGGUUCUCUAACUCUGUCAGAGGCUGUGGAGGGCCAGGGGGUCCCGCUGUGCUCAGUGAGGUUUGGGGGGGCGAGUGAAGGGGGUGAGAACCUGGAGGGACUACAGUGGUGUAACCAGUAGCAUGUUGAACUGCAGUACCCAUAAUGCUCUGUACAACAUAUUCUGAGUCCAAGGUUUUGGAAGACAGGGCAUUGGUUUUGGAGGAGAUGAGAUGGGACAGAACUGGACCCACUGAAGGGUAAUGGUGGUCCUAUGUAGCUCAGUUGUUAAGAGUAAUGGUACUAUCAAACGCCAGGGUUGUGGAUUAGAUUCUCGCCAGAAUCACAUACUAAAAAUUAAUGCACUCACUGUAAUGUAGGUCGCUAUGGAUACAAGCUGAACGUCUGCUGAGUGGCAUUGGUAACCUGGUUCUGCCGUACUAUAGCAGUCGAAGAAGACAUUGCUGGAAACUGAAGCGCCAAGCUCAGUUUGAACAACAACACUGACAACCACAGCUUUGUUUUACACCGUUUGUUUAGUAGGGUUCACAAUAUGGAUCACUUCUGUCAUCCACAGAGCCGAGGUGAUGACAAAUUGAUGGACAAAAGGUGAUGACAAAUUGAUGGACAAAUCAAUAGGGCCCAUGUUGGUGCGAGCAGAGCCUCUGAAUCACAGGUACAGCUGGGUCUUUGGGAGUGUUUGUUUGAGGGGUGCUGACAGUAGUGUUUCAAGUUCAAAAACUUUAUUGUCCAUGUUUGUUUAAAAUGGGAAUUUAUCUUUGGCUUACGGGCAUACAUUUUCAGUUACAGCCAGGGGGGGUGUUUGUUCUUUCAGAGGUCUAUAGAGAGCAAUAUUUGUUUCAGGAGAUCCCCCCCACCCUUAACUGGACUGUGGUAUGGACAAAACUGGACUGUACUAUAAUAGACAUACACCAAGGGGGGAUUUAUUAUUCUGACCCCCCUUUAUUUCCUCUACCUACUGUACUGUGUGAAGUCUCUACUUCUGUUUUUCUCUAUGUGAUAACAGGAGGUUGUUUUCCCCCUCUCUGGCUCUCUCUCUGCCUUGCUUCUGACUCACUGUUGCCCCAUCCCAUCUCUGGCCUGUCCCGCUGUCUUUUACCCAUGUCUGACACCUCAGAGGGGGGGGGGGGUUACACAUCUCUUUUGCUGGUGGUGCACUUUUUCUGGAACAUUAGGAAACCCAGGGGGGUGGGAGAAAGAGUGAGCGGAGAGAGACGGAGGAGAGGCAUGGAAGAUGGUGUAGUGAAAACAGUGGCCCCAUUCAAAUCCUCCUCAGUUCUGGAACACUCAUAUUCAUAAUAAUAUAACUGUGUCAGGGGGAUUUUGAUUGAUGUUAGGCUAAUGUUGGAUCGUCAGUGAAUCCAAACUAAGCAGUGUGUGUCUGCCUGCCAAUCACAUAGCUGUAACGUUAUUCCACAGGCGUCCAACAGAGAAUUCACAUCUAACCUUGAACUGAGGUUUUUGGAUAAGCUUUAUAUGGGUUCUGCUGUAUUUGCAGUCAAUUUAGUGGAAACCUGAUCCAAGAUGGACGCCUUGUAGCUCGGCUCUCCACUGGUGUGUGCUGGCUGGCUCUGCAACUGAGGUGGUGAAGUUGGAUGGGGGAUUUAUGUGGUGUUCAACAGGGUGACCUUUUAGAAAAGGUCUAAUUCAUGUGUCAGCUGAAACCGUCUCUGCUAGAGUAUUUGAAAGUGAAUAAAUUAUACAUUUGCUUUCCAUUCAGUGCAUACCGCUCUUUGAAUGUCAAGUUUGCUCAUAUGUAAAUGUAAUUGACCAAAGAGGAGGGGAAAAAAGAUGCAUAUGCGAGAGUACAGCGGAGCAUGAAAAAAACCACAACUCACAAGCCUAAUAAAAACAGCUUGAAAUGAGGUACGGCCUCUAAAAUGAGGGCAUGUAUUUCAGUUCAGCUUAUAAGACUUGGUUGCACAAUGUUAGAUAAGUAUAAUUGCUGGAUUUUUUUUCUGUAUAAUUCACUUUCUAACACAAUGAGUCAGUGUAAAAUGAGUGAACAAGAAAUGUCAGAGUAAUUUGAAGUGCUUUUAUGUGUGAUAAAGAAGUAACAAGUUUGGUAAAAUACUGUAUCUUGCUUUCUGUUUCUGUUUUCCUAACUUGUUGAGUGAUGAAAGAA